AAUCAAUCUAUCCAACCUACCAGAACAUCGCAUCUGAUGUUCAAAACAUAAUGAGUAAGUUAGAAAUGAAAUAUAGAGAUCUCUCAACAGCCAUAACAAAACAUGGAGAGGACUGGCACAGAGAAAUUGAAAAACUCGUCAAGAAGCUUAAAGCUGAAAUUAAUGAGAUGAAAAACACACAGUUACAAACUCUACAGAAACAUCUGGAUGAAAUAAACAAGAACAUUCAUGACAUCAAGGAUGAAAUUGAUUCAAUUAAUGUCAAUAUUGACUCUAAUGACUUAUCAAAACUGUUCAGUGUAAAAUCAAAUGUACAUAUAUACAGAAAUCUUCCACAAAAAGUUGUACCAUCUUUACCUAAAUUCAUUACAGGAAAAAUCCAAGGAUCAAAACUUUAUAAACUGUUUGGCUCCUUAUCAUCAGAUAAACAUUGCUACAGAAUGAAGAUGACCAAGAAUUCACCGGAAGCUGGAUCCUCUCCUCCAGUCAAACAGCUGCUUGACGAACCAGAGACUGUCACUACCAUAGACACUGGGUAUGGGCGACUUUACAGUGUGGCUUGUCUGAGAGACAAAAAAAUCUGGACAAGUGGAAAUGACAACACAAUGAAACUCUACAGCAUCAAUCGUGGAUCACUACUCAAGUCAAUCACAACCAAGUCAGAGAACAGACCAGACGAUAUAGCAGUGACAAAAAGUGGAGAUCUAGUUUAUACUGAUGACACUGAUAGAACAGUGAACAUUGUGAAGGAUGAGGAGAUAGAGGAGGUGAUCAGACUACAGAACUGGAAACCUUACAAUGUUUGUAGUACAUCAUCUGGUGAUCUCCUAGUUAUCAUGGAUAGUGAUGAUUACAAACAAUCUAAAGUUGUCCGUUACUCUGGCUCCACAGAGAAACAAACCAUUCAGUUUGAUGAUAAAAAUAAACCUCUCUUUUCUUCUGGUGGUUAUGAUAGAUUCAUUACUGAGAAUAGGAACCUGAAUAUCUGUGUGUCUGACAAUGGAUCUAAAGCAGUAGUGGUGGUCAAUCAGGCCGGGAAACUGAAAUUCAGAUACACUGGACAUACUCCUGCUCCAAAGAACAAACCACUCAAUCCACGAGGAAUCACCACAGACAGUCAGAGUCAAAUCCUUACAGCUGAUAGGAAUAAUGACUGUGUACACAUCAUAGACCAAGAUGGACAAUUCCUCCGUUACAUAGACUGUGGACUGAGUGCACCCUGGGGACUGUGUAUAGAUACAAAAAGUUAUGACAUUCUGUUUGUUGUUGAACUGAAAAAUAGACAAGUAAAGAAAAUCAAGUAUCUUUGUUAAUUUUAAGGCUGUG